CUGAGGAUCCUCUUCCUCAUGGCCACUCAGCAGUGCCUGCUCUUGCUCUUCUGCAGCUGCAGGCUUUCUUGGCUCUUGGGAGCAGGGAGCAGCUCUGGGGAGAAGAGGGGCAAUAGUGGUGCCCUGGGGAUCUUGUCCUGGCAUCCCUGCAGCCAGAGGCGGCUGGGUAGCACGAGGGGCCACCCAGAGCGCAUUGUCCUGGCCAGGCAGAAGCUUGUGUUGACAGCCCACGCGUGGGCAGCUGGCGAGAUCUGGUCAACCCAUCCCCAUGUCAAACCAUGCACAGAGUGGCCGCGGUGUUUUGGGGUUGGCACGGCCUCUCCUGUUGUCACCAGCAGUGUGAAUACACGCCUGGUCCCCCAGCAGUGGGAGCACUGCUUCCUCAGAGGGGUCUGUCCCCUGGUGUGAAAAGGGCUCCAAGGGCAAAGGAAAUUGGGAAGCCCUUUCCCCUGUACCCAUGGGGCAUGCACUUCACCCGCCCGUGCUGGUGACAGUGAGCCACCAGGCUGCGAUAGGCAAGAGCAUGGAACCGCCAACACACAUGGCUGGCUGUGGUGUGUUGUGUCAGAGCCAAAGAGCACAUGGUUGAGAUGAGAUGGAAUCAAGCAGCAAAGAGAGAAGAUAACAUCAGGCUGAAGUGAAGGAACUGAGGAGAGGGUAAACCUUGGCGUGCAAGAGGAACUGCCUGCACAGCACGGGUGAGCGGUGCAGAGCAACCGCCCCAGUGCCACAGGAAAAGACGUGGCCCCAGCCCCUCCACCCCGUGCGCUGGGAGGCUUUCUGGAGAGCUGGCCGAGGAAGGAGACAUGAGCACCCUGCUGCUGAGCGGCUUUCUGCCCCUGCUGCUCCUCGCCUGGCUGCCUGCAGGAUUCCCUCACCAGCCUACAGUCUCCUCAUCGACAAUCAAUGCGUCAGAGCUCAGCUUCCAGUCUCUGUUCCAGAUGGUGUCAAACAGCACUGACAAGAUGGUGAAACAGUUUAUAGACCAAAUCAAAAACGUGAUGGAGGAGAAGGCAGAGAAAGUUGUGAUUCACUUUUUAUAUGAGAAAAAUAGUUCUGCCUUUGGAAGUGUGAAUGAAACAAAAACAGCAACAUGCAUAUGUGACAUGAGGAACGCAUCCAGGGUGGAAGAUGGAACCAACAAGACCCAGCAGGAGUCUGACCCUGAGACGUCCGCGACCAGCACCCCUGAGUCUCAGACCCAGGAAGGAAUCAUCCACACGUAUAUCAUCCCUGGAUUGGUGGUUUUGUCGCUUUUCUUCCUGAUUUGUGUUUUGGUAUGUUUGUGCAGAAGGAACCAAAGGAAUGCUAAAGGAAAAUCCGAAAGCAAGCAUGUGGCAGAGAUGAAUCAGCUCAGCACGCCUCAAAACGAGGAGGUGGUGUAUACGAAGCUGAAGUUUGAAAAGACAGAGACAAAACCUGCUGCCUCAGAAGUUGUUUACGCUGAGAUAAAAUCACAACAGAAGUAGAGAGCUGAGAAUGCCUAUGCUGCUGAUGCAAAGGGAAGGUUCUCCUACAGGGGACAGGGCAAGUGAGUGAUAAAGGAGGGACAAACAGCUUGUCACAUGCUUGCCACAGUUGCGAUCCCUGAAAACCAGGGAUCUGGUUUUCACAAUCUGAAAGGCAGUGCAAUCUUGGCCAUCAAAACCUUCUGUUUACCCCUAAGCGGCUGUACAUAUACUUCACAUUCCGAGGUGGAAGCCAGCUCCCUAGCUGGGACAGGUCCCCCUUGUCUUCCCGCAGAAAGGCCUCAGCAGCUUAUCAUUGGUGACCACUUCUAGCAACUUGCGCCGUGCCUCAGUAUCAGCAGCAGGCGCUGUGUGGCCGCCCCAGCCUGGGAAGCACUCAGUGUCCCAGCAGUGCUGGAGCAAGUGGCCCUCUGGGAAGCUCUCCUGCCAGCACUGGGUGAUGUAUGCGCUGUGAAAGCCUGAAGCAAUUUUCUGGAUUUCCUUGCUAUGUCCAGAGCAGGCAUCUUCUGUGAUGAAUUUCACCCUUGUCUGAUUCACUCGCUUGAAAUACAAGAAGCAAGGACAGAAAGGAAUAGUUUGCUUUGCAGAGGUCCAACGUGGCUAUAGCUGAAAUGAUUUGCUUUAUACCAGGAAUUGACACAUGUCCUUAUGCAUAUAGAGCUUUACUCUAAUUUGAAAAAAUAAAAAUACAAGGUGAAG